AUGACCGUUACAUCACCACCACUGCUGANCUGUAUGAGCUCUGAAAUUUUUCCGAACAUGUGUGAAGCUGUGCUAGAAAGGGCUCGCCUACAAAAGGAAAGCUCUAAGCGGAAAUAUCAAUUAUUUAAAAUUGAGAAUAUGACCGUUACAUCACCACCACUGCUGAAAGUCUAUUAUUGGGAAUAUUUCGACAUAGAUAAACUCAACAUGGAAAUUCAUAAUGAUGGCAGUAAUUUCCAUCAUGACAUUGUAAUGCCAAUGCGCCAAAUCAAUAGUCGCCCGUUGAAAAUUAUACUCUGGAUACGAAAUUUAUCCGACAAAAAUAUCGAUAUCCGUUUAAAACGCAUUCAACAAUGCGAAUGUGUUCCUCUGGAAACGCGCGUGGGUUUCAAUCAAUUCCGGCAGUUAUUUCACUGCCCACACAGGCGUCUUAUACACAUUCUACAGGAGGCCAUACACAUGAAGCCAGACGAUUCGGUAGCGAUGAGGGUCGUUUUUUAUUAUUUUCUGUUGGGCGAGCAUACGCUCACGUAUGUAUUCAC